CUCCCUGCGCAAGUCACAUCCAACGCCGCCCUCCAUGUCUGUCCAUCUGAAAGAGCUUCUCUGCAAUCGUUUGUGGGUCCACAACCCACUGAUAUACGGCGCGAUCCUAUUUUACGAGGACGGAAAAGGAAGGUGAGCUGAAGCAGUGACGAGCCGCUUUACUGCAAACUCUCAAGCUCUCUAUAGAGGUGGGGGUGAAAAACAUGCUCGAUGCCCAAUUCACAUGGCGCGAGUUGCUGUCGACUCGACAGGCCGAGGAGCAAGCCGAGCAGGACUCGGCGGCGACGACAACGACGACGCCUUUGUGCUUCAAGAUCGAGGUCACGCUGCUCAGGCCAGAGAACGUCCCGGGGACCGCCGCUUACGUGCAUGAGACCAUGUACAGCGACCGCAUCUACGACCCGAGGACGUUUGAGAUUGGCCUGGAGCAGGGGCGGUGGGAGAUCAAACAACCAGAGACCAGUGUCAUCACCAACAAGUCGACGCCGUACGCCCGGCGGCUCACAUUUGAGCCCUCCAUCUUCCCCGGGGCUGGGAACUUCAAAAAGGGUGAGCCCCGCAGGCUCCUGCGCCUGUACCGGUUUGAUGAGUGGAAAUCGUUUUAUAGCGAAGAAAUAAGGGGCUGAGUGUUAAAGUCAUUCGACAGCGUUUGGAUAGGCGCUUUGCAGCAUUUAUCAGCACCAUGAGUCUUUGUCGGGAAACCAGCAGAAUGGCUGUAACGGGAAGGGGUUGGAAAGACCGCCAUUCAGCCUUGUUUGCGAAAAUAGGACUGUUUGGAGCCCGUUGUGGCUCCUACUCGAGAGUGAGACUGCUUUUCACCCGAACAUGGCGAAAGCGUGGUGGCGUACUGGCCCGUAGCAGUUGAUGUUUGACCCAGCUUCCCUAAAUUGGGUGCGAGGCAGAAAUCCAUCAGGCCCCAAAACGCGUCAACCACAAACAAUGUCAUUCGUUCGGGUCGUAGAUGGCAUCCCUGGCUCGUCUAGGCCAGGCCUGAUAUAACUUGUCCAAAACUGUUCGCCAAGAAGCGGCAUCAAACAUCAAACCAUGAUCCUUGGAUAGGCAUCGGGCUGGCUAGCACACUCAGGCAUCUCCCAUCCAUCAACUGCCGUGCCUCGUGUUUCUCGCGUGGGCCUUUCCAGAGGCACCCCUGAGCACCUCGAAGUCAUACAUAUAUACUCCUGCAUGUGCUGUCUUUGUGAAAGCAACACCGCUGCAAGAAUUGGCAAAAUCCGUGCCACUAACUUUCCUGGUGUUUACGGUCUAGUCACUUGCAAAGAUGGACACAGACCGAAAAAAAAUAUUGUUGUUGGUUGUCGACAUGCUUUCCCCUAAAUAUGAGACCGGAUGCGGGAAGCUGGAGAGGCACCAGCGGACUUGCAAAACCCACCAAAUGGAGCGGAGGGCUGCUAUUCCCAAAGUUUAAAAAUAAUAUACUGUAAGGGAAUGAGAUUGGCUACUUGCUCCUUUGGAGAGUCUUUUAGGGACGGGAGGAGCUGUACGAGGCACACGACGAGGAAAUCGGCGACUCCGGGACCGGGAUCCAUGGCGCAAAAAGUGCGCAAAACUAGGUGCCUAUUUAUAUAAGACCAACUGUUGGACCACCGAGUCGUACAGCAUGUAAAAAAACACAGACGGCCCAUUUUUAAAUAUAUUCGAUUUAUACUAUAA